AUGGAGGCUCCCAGGAAGAGUAAUGUGACCUAUCAAUUCUUCGAUACCAAGAUCGGCCCAUUGCGUCAGAUAACAGCUUUGAUUACUCCUGACCAUGUGGGUUUAUUCCGGGAUACUUAUGGCAACAUCUUGCCUAUGGUUGAAGACUUGGAUGCUUCUCAGAGGAGUCUGAUACAUACUUGCUUGCAGUUUUAUGAUCCUCAGUUACGUUGCUUCACUUUUCAGGAUUUCCAGUUGGCUCCUUUAUUGGAAGAGUAUGCUAUGAUCUUGGGUGUUCCUCUACAACAUUGUGUCCCUUUCAACUCCGAUAUGCCUCCACCAGAGCAUAAGGAUAUUGAUAAGGCUCUUCAUCUAGAAGUGUUUCUUGUGAAGGAAAAUCUCUCUUCUAAGGGAGGUCUGUCUGGUUUCCAUCUGGAUUUUGUGGUAGAUAAAGCCGAAGAGUGUGCUGCUCACCGAAAUUGGGAGGCUGUGUGUGCUCUGUUAGCAUUGGGUGUCUAUGGUAUUAUGCUAUUCGCCGAUGAACCGAAAUUCGUGAGUAUGAGUGCUAUUCAUAUCUUUCUGCUAAAGAACCCAGUUCCCACCCUUCUUGGUUAUUUCUAUUUUUCGGUGCAUAAUAAGAAUGAGAAGAGACGAGGGAGAUUGGUCAGAUGUUGCGCUCCAUUGUUCCAUAAGUGGCUCGUGGGGCACUUGCCAAAUGACGAUGGUUUUCUAAAUCCGCAUCAAGCCAGGAAUUGGGCUAGAAGGUUGGUUGUCUUGACUGCUAAAGACAGCAGAUGGUGUAAUCAGAAUACCAAAGGUGGUGAUUUUGUGGUUAGAUGUGGGAAAUACCCUAAUGUACCAUUGUUGGGUAUGAAGGGUUGUAUCAACUAUAACCCGAUUCUUUUGAGAAGACAAUUAGGGUAUGCCUUGACUCACGCUCCUAAGGAUCAAGAUCUGGUGGAAUCUUUAUACUUCCCAGUGCAAGAUAAUCUAGAGCUGGUUAAGCAAGCUGCCGGAGCUUGGAGGAAUAUUCAGACUAAAGGUGUUAUUGUCUAUGGAAAAUGUAACAACAUCUCUUCUUCCUAG